AUGCGGUCGAAAUACACGAAACACGAAAAACAACAAACAGAUACCGAUCACAGUCGGCGCAUGGAACGUUCGAACACUCUUAGACAAAGAUGAUGCGAAUAGACCGGAAAGAAGAACAGCACUCGUAGCCAAGGAGCUGUCAAGAUACAAAGUGGACAUUGCUGCUCUGAGCGAAACUCGUUUUGCUGAAGAAGGACAACUGAGAGAGCUAAAAGCCGGAUACACUUUCUUCUGGAGUGGGCGUGGGAAGGAUGAACGCCGUGAGUCGGGAGUUGGCUUCGCUAUCAAAAACGACCUAAUAGGCAAGCUAACUAGCCUACCCAAAGGGGUCAACGAUCGCCUCAUGACGCUUACUCUUCAACUGAAGGGAAAAAGAUAUGCUACUAUUGUUAGUUGCUAUGCCCCUACCAUGACAAACCCAGACGACAUCAAGGACAAGUUUUAUGAGGAACUCGACACUAUCAUCGCUUCCACACCCAAACAAGACAAGCUGGUGGUUCUUGGGGAUUUUAAUGCCCGUGUCGGGUCGGAUGUAGAAGCGUGGGAUGAAGUCAUUGGGAAGCACGGCGUUGGAUCAUGCAACAGCAACGGUCUACUCCUCCUCAGAUUGUGUGCUGAGCACCACCUUAGUGUCACAAAUACACUCUUCCAGCUGCCAAUCAGAAAUAAAACUACUUGGAUGCACUCACGCUAAAAACACUGGCACCUCAUCGACUAUGCCAUUGUCAGAACUAGAGACAGGAAUGAUGUGCGAGUGACGAAGUCAAUGUGUGGAGCAGGUUGCUGGACAGACCACCGCCUCAUCAUAUGCAAACUCAACCACCUAGACGUCCACAGGGGAAGAAACCACCUAAGCGUCUGAAUAUUGACAAGCUGAAUUAUGUCAACGUCAAGCAGCAUGUCGCUAGUGAGCUGGAUGAGAAACUUGAGUCAUUGCCCUUGAAUUCUGGCAACAUUGAGCAGGACUGGGCAGACUUCAAGAAUACUGUACACUUGAUAUGCAGUGACAUACUGGGUCCUAAAACACACUCUCAUCAGGACCGGUUUGAUGAAAACAAUGAGGCCAUAGACAAGCUGCUAGAAGAACAGGACUGGUUUGAUGAAAACAAUGAGGCCAUAGACAAGCUGCUUGAAAAGAAGAACAGGCUCUUAAAGUUAAACCUUUCAAACAAGACUCCAGCCAACACAGCUGCUUUACACAAAGUAAAGCAGACUGUCCAGACUGAAUUGAGGCGUAUGAAGGACAGAUGGUUCAUUCAAAAGGCCGAUGAAAUCCAGGGCUACGCAGACACCCACAAUUCCAAACGCUUUUAUCAAGCUGUUAAACCACUGAUCUGAAAUAAGACUGGAUAACGCAUCUAUAGUAUACGAAAGUGAAGCCGGAAGUCACCGGCCGCCACCCGAUUCUGGGGCCCCACUUUUGUAUAGAUUUGUAUUACAGACGGUAGUUUUUCGCGUUUUUUGCCUUGGCUACGUUUCCGAUCGGGCCAAUUUUACAAUCACAACGAUAGAAGCAUACAAGAAGAUUUUUGAGCAAAAAAUUUGGAGUAUUAUGGCCUUAUAACGCCGCGAAACGGGAUUUACAACUCUGAAGGAGUAGAGAGCCUCAGACUUUGUUUAUCAACACGAGCUCGUUUUGCUACUUUCAUACAAAAUCAACUCAAAAUAUACAAGAAUUAUUGUUACUGGACGAAUAUUCUCACGAAAUUUGAAGAAAUGAAGCAGCUACAUUGUGAACGAAAGCGUACGGAGGUUAGUUUUAAAAUACUUCGAGGCUACUUCCAUAAUUAUAUGAAUUAAAAUAACAUAUUGAGGCGUUGUUUAUAAUUUGGAUCAAAAAUAUUUCAUUGUCACUUGUCUUCCUACUUUAAAACAUAUAAAACUUCUCGACCAGUCGCCUAGAAAUGCUUUUGACAAAAUUGACAUUUAAAACUGUUCCUUAUUAAAUUCGUAUAAUUAUAAAAGUAGCCUCAAGGUAUUUUAAAACUAACCUCAGUACGCUUUCGUUCACAAUGUAGCUGCUUCGUUUCUUCAAGUUUCCUGAGAAUAUUCGUACAGUAAACAGUAAUUCUUGUAUAUUUUAAAUUGAUUUUGUAUGAAAAUAGCAAACGAGCUCGUGUUGAUAAACAAAGUCUAACCUCUGUACGCUUUCGUUCACAAUGUAGCUGCUUAAUUUCUUCAAAUUUCGUAAGAAUAUUCGUCCAGUAACAAUAAUUCUUGUAUAUUUUGAGUUGAUUUUGUAUGAAAGUAGCAAACCGAGCUCGUGUUGAUAAACAAAGUCUGAGGCUCUCUACUCCUUCAGAGUUGUAAAUCCCGUUUCGCGGCGUUAUAAAGCCAUAAUACUCCAAAUUUUUUGCUCAAAAAGCUUCUUGUAUGCUUCUAUCGUUGUGAUUGUAAAAUUGGCCCGAUCGGAAGCGUAGCCAAGGCAAAAAACGCGAAAAACUACCGUCU